AUGGGAUUCUCAUCAAAAAAAUGGGCACAUAUCAUAUCUAAUUUCGCCUCCAUUUUGUACUUUUUCAUAAUUAUUGUUCAAGUCCCACUUUUCAGAGUUCCAUGUAGAAUAGGCACUUGCCAAACACCGGUGGAGGUGAUGGCCUGCGCGGGUGGAUUUCUCCCCGAAUUUGUGGUGAAGGCCCUUCUCUACCCCAGAGCAGUUAAACGGUCUCUGAUGAAGGGCGCAGCCGUUCCAAGCCCUGAUCAACUGCUGCAUCCUUACAAAUUUAAGAAGGGUAAACCAACUGAUCUCAAACAGUUGGAGGUUAUUGCAGGUAGCUACCUCUCUGUCACGGGGGCCUUUCUAGGGCUGCUGAGGCACGGGAGAAUGAGUUACUUCGGCCUAAUCCUCGUCCUAUGGGGCAUUGCGAAGGAAAUGUUUGGUGGUAAACAUGCAUCAGGUGCUUGCCUAUUUCCGGAGAUGGUUAUGACUAUGGUUAUCGCGUUCUUGUCUAUGAGACGGGACGUGAGGAAGCUUCUCAAAUGUUGCAAGCCCGGCCGCUUUGCUAGACGUCUCAAGAAUCGGUCCAAAGCCAAAUAUAGUUGA